AUGUUCUUAAAUUGCGCUCGAGCCGUGUUAAAUCCUCUCCGAUGCGUGACUAGAAGAGUGAACAAAAUACACCAAGGCCAACGGCACCUCUCCAAACUCAGCUACCAUCACGUUCCGGGAAAAGAGCCGCUUGUGACCUGGACCGUGGGACAAGUGAUUGACAGAUCAGCCGACGUCUUCGGGGACGCCGUAGCCAUGGUGUCCCAUCAUCAGGACAUACGGAAGACGUACACGGAGUACAAAAAAGACGUAGAUCAACUAGCUGCGAGCCUGGUGUCUCUCAAACUUCCAAUGGGCUCCAGGGUUGCCCUACUCUGUCCAAGAGUUUAUGAAGGGGCACUGCUACUUUAUGCGGCUCCUAAGGCGGGUCUUGUUAUGGUUGGCAUCCCCACACUCUGUACAGCUUCUGAGCUUGAGACUUCCUUGAAUAAGACAGAGUGUGCGGCUCUGAUAAUUGGAGAAAAAUUUACCGAUAAGAAGUACUACGAGAUGUUGCUUCAAAUUGCACCGGAACUUGAGAAGACGGCACCGGGAGAGUUGAAGAGCCACAGGCUACCAUUCUUGAAACACGUCGUCACCAUAGGCAAUAGCCGCAAGCCCGGCACCCUGACGUUUGAUGACCUGGUGAACUCAGUGACGGCUGAAGACUACGCGACCAUGAGCUCUUUGUCGGCCAAAGUGCAGUUCGACCAAGAUGCUUUUGUCCAGUUUUCCUCGGGUACAACCGGGCAACCCAAACCAGGCCGACUGUCUCACUUCAACGUUGUCAAUAACGCCAACCUGGUGGGCCGCUUCGUCGGAUACCAUCGACAGCGGGAAUCUAUCUGCCUGAACGCAGAACUGGUUUUUGGAUUCGGCAGAACAAUAGGCGUGCUAGCUGUCACAAUUUUCGGCUCCACCAUAGUAUUGCCGGGACCUAACUUCUCGCCAAAAACGACGCUGGAAGCCAUCUCAAGGCACAGAUGCACCGUCGCCUAUGGUCCAUCCACUGUGUUCUUCGAUGUGCUGCGUGAGCUUGAAAAAGGAGACUACGACGUUUCUUCAAUUAGAAAAGCAAUCAUGGGCGGAACCUUAACUAAUCCUGCCAUUGUGGAAAAGGCAAGGACAAGGAUGAAUGCCCGAAGUUUAUAUAUAGUUUACGGGGGAGGCGAGACCAGUCCGGUCAUCACGUGCACGAAUCCGGAUGAACCAACGGAUCGGUGGAUUCGAACGGUUGGAAAGCCGCUGGAUCACGUCGAGGUGAAGGUUGUGGACGCCGAAGGGAAUAUUGUUCCCGUGAACACGAGUGGAGAGCUGUGCACCCGAGGCCCCCAUGUUUUCAAGGGCUACCUCAACGAUGACGCGAAGACAAAAGAAGCCAUCCGAAACGGCUGGUAUCACACGGGGGACGAGGCUACGAUGAGCGAGGACGGUCGGAUCACAUUUGUUGGACGCGUCAAAGAGCUGAUCAACUACAGGGGCUUUAAAGUGCCGCCAUUGAAGGUCGAAAAUGUUCUCAACACGCACACCGACGUGGAGGAGGCGCAGGUGAUUGGAGUACCGGACGAAAGGGCGGGCGAGAAAAUAUGUGCGUGGAUCAAACUGAAAGCAGAUAAAACCUUAACUCAAGAAGACAUCAAAGCCUUUUGUAAAGACAAGCUGCAGUCGUACUGGAUACCGGAACACGUGCUGUUCGUAGACUCCUUCCCGAGGACUCAGACUGGAAAAGUUCAAAAGCACAAGAUGCGGGAGCAGAGCGUCAAACUCUUCAACCUCUAA